GUACUAUUAGUCACGCGUGUAUCCGGCACGGGCUGGUCGCGCAACUCGCGCUGCGAUUCUGUACGACGAGCUCUAUAUCGAAAAAUAAAAACGAGAAAACAAACCACAUAAUUACGACUCUGUCUUAUCAUAAUUUCAAUAUUUGCGGCUAAAAUAUGUUUAUUUACUAAACGUUAAUAUCUUUGUGAUAAGUGUCUCCUGUCUCCGUUUUAUUAGAUUCACAAGUGCUACAAGACUUGUUUUUUUGUUAGUAAAGGAAAAAUAUUUAAAAGUGACGAAUCGCCCUUCGAUGUAAUGUGACUAAUUAAAUUUAUAGGAAAGCGAAAUAUAUAUAUAUAUAAAUAAUUCUUGAGAAGUUAAAAGUGGGUCGUUGUUAAAAGGUGACUGGUGUUCGUAAAUAUUUAUGUAAUAAACUACAUUAUCACUGGGAGUAGACUCGGGCCAGAGUAUUAAAUAAGGAAAAGGUAUUGGUCUAAAAUCAAAACAAAGCAGUAUGAUGGAUACACGAACGAGUUUACUAUUUUGUUUGUGGGCGAGCCUGUUUGUUGCGUGCUUGGGUCAGCGCGCGGAGCAGUUGCUUGCUCAAAACCCUUGCUCCAGCAAGACGACAUGUAGCGACUGUGCCCGGACGCCGUCCUGUGCGUGGUGUUUUGCUCCCGAAUUCAAUGGACCCCGCUGCUUCAAUCCCGCCAUGGAGGGCGGCACCGCGGGUUGUGAUGAAGCUUACAUAUUCAAUCCAGACAAUCAGCAAUCUAUAGAUCCGAUCUACAAUCGCGAGCUAACAAGAGCGAAAGGUCGAUUGGGCGUAGGUAUGGAAUCUUCGUAUUUCGAGCAAUCUAUGAGCAGCAGCAGCAGUAGCAGCAGCAGUAGCAGCAGCAGUGGUGGUUACAUGGCAGCCGGAGCCGGUGGCGAGAACUUGGUUCAAAUUAAGCCGCAGAGAGUGAAGCUACAACUCCGAAUGAAUCAGAUGCAAAAGAUGACGUUUUCCUACGCACAAGCUCAAGACUACCCGGUGGAUCUUUACUACCUCAUGGACUUGAGUAGAUCGAUGAAAAACGACAAAGAGAAACUCAGUACGCUCGGUAGUUUACUUUCGAGUACUAUGAGAAAUAUUACUUCGAACUUCCGUAUCGGUUUUGGAUCGUUCGUUGACAAACUCGUCAUGCCAUAUGUUUCAACUGUACCUAAAAAUCUUAUAUCACCUUGCGACGGUUGCGCGGCGCCCUACGGGUACAAGAAUCAAAUGUCUCUCAGCAAUGACACCGACUUUUUCGAUAAAGCAGUAGCCCGCGCUGACGUGUCCGGUAACUUGGACGCGCCGGAGGGAGGCUUCGACGCCAUCAUGCAAGCCGUCGUGUGUAAGAAUGAAAUCGGCUGGAGGGAACACGCCAGGAAGCUUCUCGUGUUCUCCACUGACGCAGGAUUCCAUUACGCCGGUGAUGGAAAGUUAGGAGGUAUUGUGCAGCCGAAUGACGGAGAAUGCCACAUGGAAGACAACUCAUAUACUCAUUCAACAACACAAGAUUAUCCCAGUAUCUCACAAAUUAAUCUCAAGGUUAAACAGCACGCAAUAAACGUCAUAUUCGCGGUGACGGCGGAGCAGAUCAGCGUGUACGAGCAGCUCAGCAAGCACAUCGAGGGCUCCAGCUCCGGCAUACUCAGCGACGACUCUGACAACGUAGUGGACCUCGUGCGCGAACAGUACAACAAAAUUACCUCAACUGUAGAAAUGAAAGAUACAUCCAGUGACGCUGUGCAGAUAUUGUACUAUUCUUCAUGCCUGGGCAGUAAGGACAACAUGGUGCAGACCAGCAAAUGCGAAGGCCUUAAAGUUGGUGAUGUUGUGGAAUUCUCAGCUGAAAUCACACUGAAAGAAUGUCCCAAGGACCCAAGCAAGUGGAAGCAGAGUUUCAGUAUUUAUCCAGUCGGUGUGUCUGAAAGUCUCAAUGUAGAAUUGGAAAUGCUCUGCGACUGUCCAUGCGAACAUCCCGGACAUCAUGCGUACAACGACAGCCCGCUGGUGUGCAGCGGCGAGGGCACGUCGGCGUGCGGCGUGUGCGUGUGCAAGGCGGGCCGCUUCGGGAAGAGCUGCGAGUGCUCCGCGCACGGCGGGGUGUCGGUGGAGCAGGAGCGCGGCUGUCGGCCCACCAACGCCUCCAGCGGCCCGCUCUGCUCCAACCGCGGCACCUGCAUCUGCGGCGUCUGCGAGUGCAACAAGAUGGACGACCCGCUCAAGGUCAUCUCCGGUCCGUUCUGCGAGUGCGACAACUUCACGUGCGACAUGAAUAAGGGGCUGCUGUGCUCGGGCCCGGAGCACGGCGAUUGCGUGUGCGGCAAGUGCAGCUGUCGCCCGGAGUACAGCGGGCCCGCCUGCCAGUGUCUCAAGGACCAGACGCCGUGCAUAUCGCGAGAAAAUGGAAAAAUAUGCAGUGGAAAUGGAAAAUGUGUGUGCGGCCAGUGCGUGUGUAACGUAGACGACGACCGACACUAUUCCGGAAAAUACUGUGAUAAAUGUCCGACAUGUCCCGGUAAAUGCGAAGACUUCAAGGAGUGCGUUCUGUGUGAGGUGCACAAGCGCGGGUCCGCUUACAACCCCGACGAGCCAGCGCGGGACUGCGGAGACUGCAACCUCUUCCCGGAGGUCGUCGAGGGGAAGAUCGAAGCAAACGAAACAUUGAACGAACAUUUGUGCAGUUUUUACGACGAUGAAGAUUGUCUUUACGUGUACGUGUACUCCUACAACGAAACACAACAUCUUCAUAUACGAGCUCAAAAGGAACACGAAUGCCCGCGAAAGGUAUUUAUUCUCGGUAUCGUGCUGGGUGUAAUCGCCGCCAUUGUACUGGUAGGUUUGGCUCUGCUUAUGCUGUGGAAGAUGGUCACAACUAUACACGACCGUCGCGAGUUUGCACGCUUCGAAAAGGAGCGCAUGAUGGCCAAAUGGGACACGGGCGAGAAUCCUAUUUACAAGCAAGCGACAUCCACAUUCAAAAAUCCAACUUACGCCGGUAAAUAAUAAUCUGAGUAAAGAGAUCUGUAUAAUUGCUUACGACUUAUUUAUGCUAUUAAAGCGUUGGAGAAAAAAAAUGCAUUUGAAUAUAAUCUAGAAAUCAGUAUUUGCUAUAUAUUAUGUAGACAUUUUUAGAUGAUGUUUUUGACAAAUAGAAGCUGAUGUAGAUGAUAAAAGAUAUAUAAGCCUUAAAACGUGCCUUUGAAAUAAAAUAUUUUUGAAAUCGCUAAGCUAUAUGAAAUAUACCGUCUCUAUUAUACAUUUUCAACACUGUUUGUACAAUAUAUUGUAAAAUGCAUUUUAAAAAAUGUCAAAGGGGAUCUGUUAUAAUCUCAGAUUUUUUGUAUCUAUUUAGAGUACGCCUUUUGUACUUAUAUCCAAUUUAUCUCUUUUGUAAACAAUGUUUUUAUGUUAUUGUACUUAUUAUUAUUUUGCUAAUACUUUUUUGAUUGUGAUUUUUUUUUUUGGAUAAUGCUAAAAACAAUAAGUGUUGACGGAUUAUUUUUUAUCUAUAUUAAAAGCUUUACUAUUUAAAAAAUUAACGAAAAUACUGUUUACAAAAGAAAACACUAUUGGAAUAUAGUUCACAUGUGUGAGUGUUUGAUGUAUGUACUUAUGUGUGUAGUUUGUGUAUAUCGAAUGAAAUAUGGUUUCUUUAAUAAACCAUGUUGCCUUUGAUAAAUAUUAGUUUGUUAUUAGUGUCAGAUUUUAGAUUGGAGAUAAUUAUAAUAUUUUAUUAUAAGUUAUGAACAAAUUUCAAAACAGCUUCUAUGUAAACUCGACUAUACUGUGACUACGGUUUAUAUUUCACGUGUAAUGGGUUUUACGUUACAUACAUUAUGAUUGUGAAAAUUUUGUGUCUUAAUAUUUAAUAAUUAAUAUUAAAAACGUACUGCCGCUUCUUCUGGUCUAGUGCCUUAUAAUAAUAUAAAUUAGUGCCAUUACUAAUCGUAAAAUAUUAAGGAAGUGUUAUUUAUUUCGACAUUAAUAUCGAGUAAUAUAAAACAUAGAUUUAUUUAAAAUGUAAGUAAUAUAAGUUUUAUUUUGUUUUAAUGAAGUAAUCAAAGCACACAACUAUUAUUAUAUUGUAUUAACGCAUUAAGAUGGACUCUAUAGAUUUGGAUAUUAUUUUAUUUUGUAAUAAUCAUGUGAUAUGUCAUAUAAAAUGAUUGUUAAUUGUAUAUAUUUUUAGUUUCUCUAUUAAAACAGUUGUGGACUUUUAUAAAUACCUAAUAAAAUUAACUUCUAAAAUAAACAA